AGAUUGAGGAUGAAGCUUUCCGGUCGGGUGGAAGGAGGUGACAUCAGGAGCGGUGGGGGGCGGAGGCCUCCCGUAGCCCUGGGGACGUUGUAUCUGUGGGCCCUUGGAUCACGUCACAAGUCAGUGACUGAGCCUUGGCGGUGGUGGCGAAGGCGGCAGCGGCGGCGACAGCUCUGGGGUCUGCGUCUCGGGGUGUGUCGGCCGCCGCUGCUGCUCGGACCUGUUAUGUACAGAUGGCUGGUUAGGGUUCUCGGCACCAUUUUCCGUUUCUGCGACCGGUCCGUGCCCCCUGCCCGGGGCCUCCUGAAGAGGCGGCGCUCGAACAGCACUCUGUUUUCUACAGUGGACACUGAUGAAAUACCAGCCAAAAGACCAAGAUUAGAUUGCUUUUUUCACCAAGUGAAAAACAGUCUCUACAAUGUUGCCAGCUUAUUUGGAUUCCCAUUCCAGCUGACCACAAAGCUCAUGGUAACUUCUGCUUGUAAUGGAACACGGAAUGUGGCCCCUUCAGGAGAGGUACUUUCGAACUCUUCAUCUCGUGAACUGACAGGUUCUGGAUCCUGGAACAACAUGCUGAAACUGGGUAAUAAAUCUCCUAAUGGAAUAAGUGACUAUCCAAAGAUCCGAGUGACAGUAACGCGUGAUCAGCCACGCAGGGUCCUUCCUUCCUUUGGUUUUACUUUGAACUCUGAAGGCUGUAAUAGAAGACCAGGGGGCCGUCGCCACAGCAAAGGCAAUCCAGAGAGUUCCUUAACGUGGAAACCUCAGGAACAGGCUGUAACAGAGAUGAUUUCUGAAGAGGGUGGCAAGGGUCUGAGGCGUCCCCGUUGUACUGUGGAGGAGGGUGUUCAAAAAGAGGAGAGAGAGAGGUACCAAAGGUUAUUGGAGCGACUUAAAGAAGGUGGUCAUGGAAACUCUGUCCCUCCUGUAACUUCAAAUCAUCACAGUUCUCAAAGAAGUCAGAUGGACCCAUUAAAGACCAAAGGCUGGGGGGAAGAGCAAAAUCACGGAGUCAGAACAACUCAGUUUGUUCCAAAACAAUAUAGAGUUGUUGAAACAAGGGGACUUCUAUGUCCAAUGAGAAGUGAAAAGAGGUGUUCAAAGGGGAAAUUUUCUGAUACGGAGAAGACAUUUGGAAUCAGACUUGAAAAUGAAAAUAGGAGGGGACACCAGCUGGAGCCUGAUCUAUCAGAAGAAGUGUCAGCCCGACUCCGCCUGGGCAGUGGAAGCAAUGGCUUACUCAGGAGGAAAAUGUCAAUACUUGAGACAAAGGAAAAGAAUUGCUUAGGCAAAGACAGGGACAGAAGAAUGGAUGAUCUCCUUGAACUUACAGAGGACAUGGAAAAGGAAAUCAGUAAUGCCCUAGGCCAUGGCCCACAGGAUGAGAUCCUAAGUAGUGCUUUCAAAUUGCGAAUUACUCGAGGAGAUAUCCAGACCUUAAAGAAUUAUCACUGGCUCAAUGAUGAAGUCAUUAAUUUUUACAUGAAUCUUCUGGUGGAAAGAAAUAAAAAGCAAGGCUAUCCAGCACUUCAUGUGUUUAGUACUUUCUUCUAUCCUAAAUUAAAGUCUGGGGGUUAUCAAGCAGUGAAAAGAUGGACCAAAGGGGUAAAUCUCUUUGAACAAGAACUUAUUCUGGUGCCUAUUCAUCGGAAGGUACAUUGGAGCCUGGUGGUGAUAGACCUAAGAAAAAAGUGUCUUAAAUAUCUGGAUUCUAUGGGACAAAAAGGCCACAGGAUCUGUGAGAUUCUCCUUCAGUAUUUACAGGAUGAAAGUAAGGCCAAAAGAAAUAUUGACCUGAAUCUUUUAGAGUGGACCCAGUAUAGCAUGAAACCACAUGAGAUUCCUCAACAGUUGAAUGGGAGUGAUUGUGGAAUGUUUACUUGUAAAUAUGCAGAUUAUAUUUCUAGGGACAAACCUAUCACAUUUACGCAGCACCAGAUGCCUCUCUUCCGGAAGAAGAUGGUGUGGGAAAUCCUUCAUCAGCAGUUGCUGUGAGAAUGUCCUGCCUGGUCCCUCUAGCUGCUGGUGGUUCUUUCACAGAUGUUUCCAUAUACCUCAUGCAUUGUGGGUUAAAAAGUCCCUGCAUCACUUCUGUUCUCUCACAGGUACUGAGCUGUCAAAAGUGCGUGAAGGUCUCACUGCACCCUCCUCCUGACUUGGGGUGCAGAGGGCUGCUUGCAACCCUGUUUGUAAGGCUGUGCCUGCUCAGAGACCUGGACUAUUCAACCCACACAAGAACAAACGCUAAUUACUACUUUUUUUUUUGAAGAUUUUUUUCCCUAUGAAUGUGGGAAAUGCAGGAUUUAUUUUGUGAAUUUUUUUUCUGUGUAUUGUUCACUCAUUCAUUUGCAAAUAUAAUGGGCAGUGGCCAUUGUCAGCUGCUCUUUUAUAGUUAACUCUAAAUUACUUGUUUGAAUAUUUAUUUCUAAAAGGAAUGUUACUUAAGCUGCCACUCCCCGCUGAAGACCAGGAGGGAAAUCAUUGGGGGAGGAGGAAAUGUUAAUUAACUUCUCUAAUGCUGGAGCAGUAACUGCCAACUUGAAGCUGGAGGGUUUUUGUUUUUUGAGGCUUGAAAAUGCCGGGAGAAAUGAAAAUGCUGUGGUAUAGGGCUCUGGUUGCCUUUCAGAGGAAGUUUGACACUACAGCAUUGGCACAAUGUUAUGGAAAAGUGGAACUGUGGCCAAGGAACUCUGGCUAUCCAAGCGUCUUCAGAAGAGUGUCGUGGUCAUCUUAAAGAGACUUCCCUUUCUGGAAAUAAGGUGACUUGGCUUACUCUUGAAACUGGAUUCGAAGUAACUGUAAACCCUAAAUCUUUAUUUUCAUCCCAGAUCUGGUUGAGUAUAAACCUCAGAAUUGUAAGGGCUGGCCUGAGCUGUUUAUUUCAGAAGAUACUAUUCAACUUAAAGCUAUUUUUCCUCAAAGUUUUUUUUCUUCUAUAUAUUAAGGCAAAAUUAAGUUUUAUAUUCAUUAAAAUUAUCCCCUCACUCCACCCCCACUAAAAUUUGUGGAAGAAAAUUUAGUACUUGGCUCUGAGGUUGUCAGUUAUACAGUAAUCUAUUUUGCAUAUGAAAGUUUGUAUUUAACUUUUUUGUUCAUUAAAAAUCUUACAGAUGUGGUUAUGCAUUUUUGAUUUCAGAAAGUUUAGAGUUGGUCAGAACAUAUUUUGCAAGAUCUAGUGCCUAGUGUUGCUUUUCUGAUGUAAUAAAAGGUCAUCUGGCAGAACCUGAAAA